CCGGACCGGCGGCGCGCUGGACUGUGGAGGGCGCUGCGACGCCGGUCUCCAGACUUCGUGAGAGCGAAGGUGGUGCUGUGUGGCAUCUCGCCAGGGUUUGAAGCUAAAGGGAAGAAACCAUUGGAGAGAAACCCAAGAAUACGAGAAGGGGAGUUCAUUAUCAUAAAACUAUGAGUAGAGGAUCUAAAGUCCACAUUUUUUGGGGUGCUCCAAUUGUCUCAUUGAAAAUGACAGUAUCACAGGAACCAACUUUAAUGUCCACUGCUGACCCCUGGAAGAAAAUUCAGCUUUUAUAUAAUCAACAUUCUUUACAUCUGAAGGAUGAAAAAUGCAAAAACAAAAACCUUGAAGAUUAUCAAGUCCUAGAAGCUCUUGGCCCUCCCGAUCUUCCUAAUGGUCAUUUCUCAGAAAACUCUGUGAAUAGAUCGGUUCAUGUGAACGAUGACUUUAUACAUUGUAUUUCUGAAACACAGGCUCUAAAAUUCCAGAGGAGUGACCCCUUAUGGAUGAGUGAUAAAACUAACUCUGAUGUCCAAAUAUGUGCAUGUCAUGGCAGAGUUCAGCAUUUAACUGGAGAAGAAAAAUAUCAAGAGCUUUUCAGCGAAAAUAAGAAAAUCACAGUUGAAGACCAUAAAGAUCAAUUAAAUAUAUGUGGUCAAAACGUCCAAAAAAAUUCCUUUCAGUUACACCAUAAGUGUGCAGCUAUAUUGGAUUCGGUCUGUAGUACUGAAAAGAUUAAUAUAGGGCCAGGAGCCAUUGAAACAACAUGUAUACCAAGAAAAUAUCAUGAAAUACAAAACCAAAGUCUGGAAAAGAUUUCUUCUAAUACAGUAGAUAAGCCAAGGCCUGAAGGAGGAGUUAGGAAUGUCUCAGACCUUAAGGUGUCUACUGAUACUGAAUUUCUCAGUAUAAUGGCCUCUAGCCAGCUUGCUUUUUUAGCUCAAAGAAAGUAUAAAGGGGAUAAUUUUAUAAAUAAAGGGAUGUUAAACAUGGAGAUUGAAUCAGAAGCAAGUCCUGGGGAAAUAAAAAUAACUGAAGAUAAUUUGAUUCAGCCUGAUGAUGCUUUUGUAGAAAGAUAUGAAAGUAGACAAAACCAAGCAUAUUCUCUUGAACUUUUUAGUCCUGUUAUUCCUGAAACAAGUAGUCACAUUCACAUAAACUCUGAUAAAGGCCUUGAAGAAAAUAAGAGAUCUCAAGAACUUACCAAUUUUGAAGAUAAACUGCCAUCAAAUAAGAUAUGUAUUGAGUCAUGUAGCUCAGGAAUACUGUGCUCCCAAAUAAAUGCCUUCCACAAAAGUUCUAUUAAAAGAAACUGGACUUCUGAAGAUAAACUGGGCCGUCUUAAAGUCCUCCAAGUUUCUAAAAAAAUUAAGUUGGUUUCUAAUGCAGGAGAUCCUACUGCAACAAGGGACCAAAGGAGUGUGUCUGAAUUUAAGGGUAUUAAAAAAACAUCAUUAAUAAAAAAUUGUAAUUCUAAAAGUCAGAAGUAUAAUUGUUUAGUCAUGGUGUUAUCUCCAUGUCAUGUGAAAGAAAUAAAUAUAAAAUCUGGACCAAAUUCUGGCUCUAAAGUGCCUUUAGCAACAAUUGUCAUAAUUGACCAAUCAGAAAUUAAAAAGGAAGUUUUUCUGUGGAGGACUGCUGCAUUUUGGGCACUUACAGUGUUUCUUGGAGAUAUAAUUUUACUCACAGAUGUUACUGUUUUUGAAGAUCAAUGGAUUGGUGAGACAAUACUGCAAUCAACAUUUACCAGUCAGUUAUUAAAUCUUGGGAGUUAUUCAUCUGUCCAGCCUGAAGAAUAUUCCAGUAUAGUCAGCGAUGUUGUACUUCAGGACUUACUGGCAUAUGUAUCUUCAAAACAUUCCUAUCUCAGAGAUCUUCCUCAGAAGCGGCCUCAGAAAAUGAACAGUAUAGAAUUUGUAGAAUUGGAGCAGCUUCAGCCUGACAUGUUAGUCCAUGCGGUGCUAAGAAUUGUUGAUAUCACCAUACUGACAGAGGCAUUAUAUAGUUAUAGAGGACAGAAGCAAAGGAAAGUUAUGUUAACGGUGGAACAGGCCAAAGGUCAACAGUAUGUGCUUGUAUUAUGGGGUCGUGGAGCAGCCUGGUAUCCUCAACUUCAAAGGAAAAAAGAUUAUAUUUGGGAAUUUAAAUAUCUUUUCGUUCAGCGCAAUUGCAUCCUAGAAAACCUAGAAUUGCAUACAACACCUUGGUCAUCCUGUGAGUGCCUGUUUGAUGAUGAUAUAAGAGCAAUUACGUUUAAAGCAAAAUUUCUAAAAAACAUGCCCUCUUUUGUGAAGAUGUCAGAUUUAGCAACACACCUGGAGGAUAAGCGUUCAGGAGUGAUUUUAAUCAAAGCCCAGAUUUUAGAGCUAGUGUUUAACAUUACAGCAGAUGAGAAAAUAGUUUUUAAUGCCCAUAGUUCUCUGAAGAGCAUUUUCGCUUCUCUUCCCAACAUUACAUAUACUGGCUGUGCAAAGUGUGGAUUGGAACUAGAAACAGAUGAGAACAAGAUCUACAAACAGUGUUUUAGCUGCUUGCCAUGUACUAUGAAGAAAAUAUACUACAGGCCAGCUUCAGUGACCGUAGUUGAUGGACUCUAUAAAGUUUGCAUCCAUGUGGGAUCAAAGCUGAUAGAGAAGAUUCUUCUCAACAUUUCUUCUGACAGGCUCAGCAGAGUUAUAGCCCCUUCCUCAGAGAUCACUUAUCGCAUGGUUGCAGCUGACUUGUUCCACUCCCUGCUGGCAGGUGGCGGUGCGCCUUGUGUAGUGAAGGUGCAGAGCCUCUUUGUGUUAGAUGAAAACAGCUACCCAUUGCAACAAGAUUUCUCCCUACUGGACUUUUUUCCUGAUGGUGUAGAAUAUGCAUCCUGUGCUCUUCCCUGAGACCAGAUGAAGAAACAGCAGGAACUUUAAAGAAGACCACUGAAAUGAUUUAUUUUUUGAAACAUACAGCCCUGGAUGGUGUGGCUCAGUGAAUUGAGCACUGGACUGCAAAGCAAAGGGUUGCCCGUUUGAUUCCCAGUCAGGACAUAUGCUCAGGUUGCAGGCCAGGUCCCCAGUAGGGAGCAUAUGAGAGGCAACCACACAUUGAUGUUUCUCUCCCUCUUUCUCCUUCCCGUCCUCUCUAAAAAUAAAUAACAUGGAAAAAAAAAAGGCUUACAGUUGUUCCUGUGGAAAAUAAUAAUAAACAAGAAUAAACUGUUUCAUGUACUCACAACUAAACCUGCUUUUGCCCACCCCUGUAUUUUAUAAAGAGCUAAAUAUAUUUAAU